UCUGUGAUUUGGACUCGCCCCUUCAGGAAUAGAAGAGAAAAAAACAAAGAGCAGGAUGGUUGGAUCUGACUUUUACCACAGGGGGCUGAUGAUCAGGUGUGACCUUUGACCCCUCACCUUCAGACUCACCUACCCAUCUACCUGAGGGGGUGGGGCCUGAGGAGCCCAGGGUUGUCACCAUGGCAAUGCCCUCCUCCCUGCUUGGUAGAGGUCUCGGUCUGGUCCUGGUGGAGUUCGAGUAUGAGUACCAGGGUCGGGACGGGGUGCUGGUUUCCAUCAAACCCAACGAGCGCUAUGUCCUGCUGGCUAAGACCAAUGACCACUGGUGGCAGGUCCGGAGUGACUGCGGCUCCAAGCCCUUCUACAUCCCCGCCAAGUACGUCAAGGAGCUGCCUGCAGACUUCCCCUCCCCCUUGGACUUUGUUGAUCCGCCCGGUCCCGAACCAGUGUUGGUUCCUGUGGCCGCACCAGUCCCAGUCCCCGUGCCUGUCCCCGUUCCAAAGACUCUGGAGGAGACCAGCGGGACCAGAACCAAACCAGCGGAUGAGGUGACAAUCCGGCUCAGACCCGAUGCCUCCACUGGGUACCGCAAGACUGAGAAUCGCAUGUCGACGUUUGGAGUUCCACUGGACUUCCAUGACCUGACGCAUAUUGUGGCGCCUGCACCGCGGCAUCCCGGCAACCCUCCCGCUGGUCCCGCAGAGACUGUGACCAUGACAACCAGCAGGAAUACAAACACGGCUGACGGCCUGAGCAAAAAGCAGCCCCACCUGCCGGGGUGCCUGGAUGACAAGGACUCUGGGAAAUCUCGAGUUCCCAGUUUUAGUCCAGCAGACCCCCUGCCCACAUCCCGGCUCCAAACCCAGCCUAUACCGGUGGAGACGCCAGUGGUCCCAGUAGUCCCUGUGGUCCCGGUGGGCCCCGUAGUCUCACUGGGCCCUGUAGUCCCUCCCCACAAUGGCCUCCACGGCAUGUCCUCACUGUUGGGAGAUUGCCAAGACAACCAGGAACCCAAAAUAGAGCCAGAGGAGGAGGAGGAGGUGGCAGAGGAGGAGAUUAGCGCAGAGGAAAGCAGUGAGGAGGGGGAGGAUUCACUGAAGGGUGAAGAUUCAAACCACAUCUAUGAGUCCAUCCAUGACCUCAACCUGGACCUGGAGGCUCUGGUGGGUGGAAGAGUCAGUCCUGGACGGCCACCUGAACCUGCACCUGUCCCACCCCCCACACAGGACCCCAGUUUGCUCGACCAUAACUCGCCCAUCUACGCCAACGUCUCCUCUCUGAAGAAAACGUCUCUCCCUCAGAUCUCUGUCCCCUGCUCCGCCCCCAUACCACCACCUCCAACUGACCCCGCCCCCUCUGCUAUAGACCACACCCCCUCCCCGUCAGCCUCCUCCUCUGGCAGGAUAAGCCCCGCCUCCCCCCUCAGCCCACAGGACGAGUGGCAGGUGCACACAGAUCAGCACAGCGGGAAGGUGUUUUAUUACCAUCCUCUGACCAGACAGACCACCUGGUCCGACCCCCGCAGCCCCCCGCCCCCGCCUGCUGGAGACAUGGACCAGUCCAAGGGGACGGAGGGGGGACAGCUGACCUCCCCCUCGCCUCUGCUCUCCCCUGCCUCCUCCCAGGGGUCUUGCGGUUGGGAGCAGCUGGUGGACGAAGUCUCAGGCAGAUUUUACUAUUACAACCGCUCCACGCGAGCCACGUCCUGGACUGCACCAGAGCUGCUCUCCCCCUCCUCCCCCUCUCCCCCCCCUGGAUCUACAGCCGACAGGAAGCAUGAUGACGGCCCGCCUCCGCUGCCAGAGGAAGAUUAUCCUGUAGACAGACCAAAGGACCACAGCAACUCUGUCUUUACAACGCAUCCUCAGCAGCCUGCGGCUCUGAUUCCCAGAGCUCAGCUGGACCUGAAAGAUGGAAACAGGCUGAUGGGAAAUGGAGUUUCUGAGGAGGGAACAAUUCUGCAGGGCAUGAACUGUAGACACAGUAUAGCCGAAGACACGUUUGCUCCAGGCCUCAGGAGGAACGUCUCUGACCUCACUGAGGUGUCCAACAGAAGACAUUCCCCCGACAGUCCACAGCUCUCUCACAGGCACACACUGAAGAGGAAUCUGUCCAAUCGGAGCACAUUCUCCCAAAAGCUUCAUGGCCAUCAACUGGAGAAAGCAGGAAUAAUCAAUAAGACCAAAGUAGCCGAUAACGGCAAAAAGAUCAGAAAAAACUGGAGUCAGUCCUGGACCGUCCUGCAUGGUGGGAUCCUCACCUUCCACAAAGACCCCAAAUCUGCGCCAACUGGGAACAAUAGUAAAGCGUCACAGAUCAUUCCAGAGUACACCGUCGACCUGAGAGGAUCUUCUGUUGGCUGGGCCUCCAAAGACAAAUCCUCUAAGAAGAAUGUUCUAGAGCUGAAGACUCGUCAGGGCUGCGAGUACCUGAUGCAGUACGACACCGAGAGCAUCAUCGGCGACUGGCUCAAAGUGAUCCAGGACACCGUCAGACAGCUGGAACACGAGCAUCUGACAGAGGACGAGGACGAGGCUGCUUCAGACAAAGAGGACAAAGACAGGAAAAGGACGUCGACCAGGACUUCAUCGGGAGCAGACUCUGAACAGAGACGAGUUCGGACCAAACUGAGACGGUUCCUCCAGCGGAGGCCGACACUGCAGAGCAUUAAAGAGAAAGGAUACAUCAGAGAUAACGUCUUCGGCUGUCACCUGGACACACUCUGUCACAGAGAAAACACAACCAUUCCCAAAUUUGUGGAGAAGUGCAUCAGAGCUGUGGAGAGGAGAGGUCUGGAUGUGGAUGGGAUCUACAGAGUGAGUGGAAACCUGGCUGUGAUCCAGAAGCUACGACAUAAAGCUGAUCAUGAGGACCAGUUGGACCUGGAGGACGGACAGUGGGAGGAGAUCCAUGUGAUCACUGGAGCUCUGAAGCUUUUCCUGCGGGAGCUUCCAGAGCCGCUGUUUCCCUUCAGCUGCUUUGACAAGUUCAUCGCUGCCAUCCAAGUCCCAGACUACAGUCUGAGAGUCUCCUACAUGAAGGACCUGGUUCAAUCUCUGCCUCUGCCAAACCACGACACCAUGGAGCUGCUGUUCAAACACCUGCGCAAGGUGAUCGAGCACAAGGACUUCAACAGGAUGUCGGUUCAGAGUGUCGCCAUCGUGUUUGGACCCACGUUGCUCCGCCCCCAGACGGAGUCAGCCAACAUGACGAUCCACAUGGUUUUCCAGAGCCAGAUAGUGGAGCUCAUGCUCAACGAGUUCCAGACCGUCUUCUCCCAGAGGUAGGAGGAACCUCCUGUAGCUCCUCUGGAACUUUCAAGAACCAUCAGAGAACUGUCUGGUAGCUCCCGGAAGGCCCCAGAGCACCACGAGAACUACCAUAAAUCUUCCAAAGUGUCAAAAUGUUCUAGAACAUUGGACCCAAACGUCAUCUCCUCCUCCAUGUUCACGGGGCAUUGCACCUGCAAAAAGCUGACUACAUGGUUUUCCUUUCUAACCACUGUGCCUUAAACAACCCAAAUACAACCUGACAAAUUUCUGAUCCCUCUAUAAAAAUGUAGAUCUCUGGAACUAAACAUUAUCUUCUUUUUAAAAAAAUCUGUGGACCUUCAAGUUCACAAGGGAGUCUAUCUAGACCAUGCUGGCUACACUACAGCCUUCUCUAACCACUGUGACUUAAAUAAUCCAGGUAGAAUGUGAAUGAAACCAACUAGAACCCUGGACUGGUUUGAAACCAGCUUUUCUUCUCUUUCAAGCCAAAAGACCAAACAGCACAUUCACUUGGCACAUUAAAACCCCAAGAUAUCCCACUUUGAGCAGAAAGUUCAAGAUUCAUCUACAACCUUGCAGAACUCCAGACCCAAACAUCAUCUGGUUCACAAAAUUCAUAAAGGAUUACACAUGGAACCUGUUGGCUACAUGACAGCCCUCUCUAACCACUGUGCCUUAAACGCC